AAUCGUAAAAUAUAAAAAUGAGAAUUUUUUUAUUUUAUAAAAAUAAAAUACAAGCAAGUGAAAGCUUAGGAGUAAAGUCCGACAUCUCGAGAUCGAUUGAUGGAAAAGAACAGAAGAAGAGUUAAGCUGAAUGAAGACUGAAUGGGAGCUUUUACAUGUGACCAAAUGACAUGUUAUUUAUCAAUCAACACUAAACAUAACUAAUCGAUUACUGGGGGGAAUCUUCGACAGUUUGCCUCGCCAAUCAUCGACACCUCGGCAUUAUAUUAUCUAGUACAGCUCUCUAAUAAUAUACAAUACCCGCAAGCCGAUCUACUUAUUAGCGGUGCUGAUUGGUCGCUCUCAUUACCAGCUAAGUAAUCACACAUUAAAUCGAUGGAUCGAGACCUGAAAAACAAAACUACAAAAGAUACCCAACGCAUUAAGACUCAUGUCUGUUGACCAUCGAAACCAGUUUCAUUUGUUGACUUAUCAGAUUCUCUUAUCAUCGCGUUCAUUCCGUGAUUAGUGCCUUUAUAAUAAUUUAAUAAUUAACAGUAUCAAAAAUAUUAAUUAUUAUUUAUUAUUGUAAUUUUUGUUGACGCAUUUGGAUAUUUUUCAACACACUAAAAUGUCAGGUGACGUGCCAUUGUCUCACAUGCCGUUGGACACUAAAUGGAAGAAAUCUCACCCUACGACAAUUUAUGACAAAAAUUACAGUUACGGGAUUAAUUAUUACCAGCCGAUGAUUGAUUAUAUUGAUAAAAAAAGUCAAAAUGUUACUAAGAAUCCUGAGUAUCCAGAAAUGCCCUGGUCUGACGAACGAUUACUGUGGGAGCGAAAACGCGUUCUUCCUUACACGGCUGAAGAAUUAAUUCAGCACGCCAUGGAGGCGGAAGACCAAGCCAAGGAUCAUUUGUCUCAUUUUAAGAUCGCAAAACGUUCAGACUUUAGUUUGAGAAAAGCUGUCGAGGCAACCCACGUAUCCAAGGAUCUACUCCCGUCGAAUAUUGACGAAACAACAAAAUCUCUCCGAAACGAACGCCCGAUUCCCCUGGACGUGACAAUGGCCGAUUUGAUGGUGCAAACAGUAAGAAACAACGAAAAAAUGCGACACGUUAAACAGGCAUUAGAUCACAGCGUACGCUUACGUGGAAAAUCCGCCAGAGCUAUUGAAUUCGAAUUGAGAGCUGAGACGGCAAAAAAUUUAUCCGGCACGACAGAGCUCGCGGAUAUCAGAAAAUACCAACGAGAAGCUAUGCAAGCUAUGUGGGACGAGCGAGACCACGUUAGAAUGAUGGAGGAUCGCGCUAAAUUGCUCAAGGAUGAAGAGAUGAGACUUACCCAGCCCCUUGACGAAUUAACUAACGAAUUGAAGGAACUCGACAUUAGGUCUAGCAAUUAUUAUAUGGAUAAGAGGUAG